UCUUCACGCAGACCCUAGAGGUCGUUCCGGGUCAGCCGCGUCGCGAUGUGUGGGGACUGUGUGGAGAAGGAGUAUCCCAACCGGGGUAAUACCUGCCUGGAGAAUGGAUCUUUCUUACUGAACUUCACUGGCUGUGCAGUGUGCAGUAAGCGGGAUUUUAUGCUGAUCACAAACAAAUCCCUAAAAGAGGAAGAUGGAGAAGAAAUAGUGACGUAUGAUCAUCUGUGUAAGAACUGUCAUCACGUAGUGGCCAGGCAUGAAUAUACAUUCAGUAUCAUGGAUGAAUUUCAGGAAUACACCAUGCUGUGUCUGUUAUGUGGCAAAGCUGAAGACACUAUCAGUAUUCUCCCUGAUGAUCCUCGACAGAUGACUCUGUUAUUCUAAGACUCCUUCUCCAGUUCUGUUGUGCCUGUGUUGGGUUGGUUUGAAAUAUAGCAAGCCUGAUAGUUUGUCUCAUAAAGGAUGUUCUGUAUAUAUUUUCUUCCUUACCUAGGCUUACAUGUUCGAAAGCCUUUCUUACAUGUUUAAAAGAAAACGUGAUGUAAGGGAUUGUUGCUCCCUAGAGCUGCGUUCUAAUGCCAGAGUUCCCAGUUCACAUCAGUGCAGCCAGACUGAAGCAUUUUUGUUAGCAGUCAUUUGGCCAGAAAAGAAUUAGAAUGAAUGCAGCAUCCAGAUCUUCGUUUCUCAUAAAAAGAAGCAGGGCUUCUUGGGAAAAUGGUUGGGGAAAUACGUAUGCAAGGUGAGCCUGAAGCAUCUUGGGCCUCCAAAAAAUAAAAUACUAAAAAUUUUUUAAAUCAGUGAUUGAGGAGAUAUCAAACAAAGGGACCACUGAGGGAACGAACUCCCCUUGACUAGAGCUGGAGCCGAGAGGCCCAGGAGCACCCGGCUGUCAUUUUUUCCUGUGCCAGCCUGAAGUGGGGAUGAAACUUGGCUGGUCGCCAGCAUGUCCCUCACCUUCCUUCCUCCCAGUGGACCGGGACAGUUUGCUUCAGUAUACUUUCUGGCUAAGCUAGUGGUACCCUUACUGGCUAUCAAGCCACCAUUCUCCAGGCCAGCAUGCGUGCAGCCCUGAAGCAUGGUGGCCCUUCCCCACACCUGCCUUUCAUAUGUCCCUAAAGAACAGAGGGUACUUAGGAGAGGCUAAGAUUAGGAAGAGGGGAUUGGGCCUCUUAAUUGCACGCCCCGCAUUCACAGCACACUUUCAGUCCUCACCCUCGUUGAAGUAGGCCUGUAAGCUGCUCCCUAAGCAGCAUUGCCCUGCCACUCCCCAGGUUCUGAUCUGGAAGGGCUCCCUCCUGUGUACUGGGCCCCCAGUGCUGUAACAGAGGCCCUGUUAAAGACUUGCUUCAGUUUCCCUGUAAACUGGCUCAUGAUUUAUUUUGGGGGUAGUGCAGGCGCC